AUUAUUUUAUAGAUACUACCUGCUGAAAAAGCUUGCAUUCCAAAAAAUGGGCGCGGGCUGCGCAAAGGAGGCCCCAGCAGCAUCGACUGGCGUGUUGCCACCUGAGCCAAAGCGGGGAGGGGGUGACAGCACAUCAGUAAGUACACCCCGCGGAGAUGAGUCCAAGGAAGCGUCUCCAGCUUCGAAAGCAUCGGCACCGCCCGCGACGACCAGACCGCGCUCUCUUACCAUCGCCCAUUUUAAUGACGUGUACCUCAUUGAACCAAAUGAGCGUGAGCCGGUGGGUGGUGCUUCCCGUCUGGCCACGAAGGUCAAGGAGCUCAAGUCCCACGGCGAUAACCCCCUGGUGCUGUUCAGUGGCGACGCCUACAACCCCAGCCUGAUGAGCACCAUGACCAUGGGCGCCCAGAUGGUGCCCAUCCUCAACGAGAUCGGCGUGCACUGCUCCUGCAUGGGGAACCACGACUUUGACUACGGCCUGCCCAACCUGCUCAAGCUCAACUCGCAGUGCAAGUUUCCCUGGCUCAUGGCCAAUGUGUUGGACAGAGCCACAGGGAAGCCGUACGCAAACGCUGCGGGCACGUGGACGACGGAGUGGAACGGCAUCAAGGUCGGCGUGGUGGGGCUUGUGGAGGAGGAGUGGCUGGACACGCUGGGCGCUGUCAACACGGCUGAGAUGCAGUACCAGGACUUUGUGGCGGUGGGGCGCAAGCUGGCAGCGGAGCUCAAGGCGGAUGGCGCGGAGCUGCUGAUUGCGCUGACGCACAUGCGCGAGCCCAACGACCGCAAGCUCGCAGCCGAAGCCCCCGAGUUCCACCUGGUGCUGGGCGGCCACGACCACCACUACGUGUCGGCUUUUGUAGAGCCGCACAACAACCUGCUAGUCAAGAGCGGCACCGAUUUCCGCGACCUCUCGGUAGUGCGCGUGGAGCUGCCGGGCGGCGACGCGGCGCCCAAGUUGACGCCUGAGCGCAUUUCCAUCGUGUCGGCGGUGCCGGAGGACCCUGCAACCAAGGCGAUUGUGGACGAGUACAUGAAGCUGAUGGGCGAGAAGAUGGACGAGGUGGUGGUGGAGACACUGGAGCCGCUGGACGGCCGCUUCCAGACCGUGCGGACCAGGGAGUCCAACCUGGGCAACUUCGUGUGCGACGUGUGGCGCAAGGCCGCCAACGCCCAGAUCGCCAUCCUGAAUGGCGGCUCGCUACGCUCUGACGCGGUGCACCCGGCUGGCAAGCUCAAAGCGCGCGACUUCGUUGCCAUCCUGCCCAUGGUGGACGAGACGGUUGUGCUGGAGUGCACGGGGGCGCAGGUGGUGGCGGCGCUUGAGAAUGGCGUGUCUCAAUGGCCCAAGCUGGAGGGCCGCUUCCCCCAGACCAGCGGCGUGAAGUUCAAGUUCGACCCCAGCAAGCCGGCCGGAGAGCGCGUCGUGCCCGGCUCGGUGUGCAUUACUGACUUUGACGACACGAUUGAUGAUGAGAAGACGCCCAUCCAGAUGGACAAGAAGUACCGCGUCGCUGUGAAGGAGUACUUGGCAAAGGGCAAGGACGGCUUUGAUGUUUUCACGGAAUGCAAGGUGCUGGUGGACGCCGAGGCGGGUGUGGUGCUGCCCACUGCCCUGAAGAACCACUUCGUGACGCUUGGCGUGCUGAGCAAGUGGAACCAACAGGUCGCGCUCAGUCCGCUCGCGGCGUUCUGGAAGCAGAGGAGCAAGACGCACCACAGCCUGGACGCCAACGGCAGCGCCCACGGCGGCCCGGAGCACAAGCGGGUUCACAACCACGGCGUGGCCGUGCACCACCCCAACGGCGAAGGCUACUGCAUCCAGCCCGUGGUUGAGGGGCGCAUUGUCAACAUCCGCGGGGAGGAUGCGGAAUUUUGGGAGCAGGAGGAGAAGGAGGCGGAGGAGCGGGUGGGCCAGUCCAUGCGGCGGGCACAGGAGGAGGAGGCGGAGGCGCAGCAGCCGCCAGCUGCCCCGUCCAAGGCGGUGGCGGUGGAGGUGGCCGAGGAGGAGGAGACGACGACGGUGCAGCGUUCCGAGGACGCGGCCGAGGAUGAUGUACUAGAGCUGGAGGGGCCGGAUGCAGGGUGUGAUGAGGUGGAAGGGCCGGCAGGGGCAGGGGCGACGGCCAACAAGGACGACGAUGAUGACGUGUUAUAGGAAGCGCCGAAGCCGGGGGCAUGCGGUGGUUUGGACGUUUGUUGUGGGGCCCACCUUCAAGAUAGGCAGUUACAAGAUGUGUGACAUCAAAGUGGCAUUAUGAUGGUUUACAUGCACCGUGCAUCAGUCAUGUGAGGGGGCCCAAGGCAC